GUCGUCGCAUGGGAAAGAAGCAGGCUGAUCCUGGGCCUCUUGAUGAAUCGCUGGUAACGAGAAAGCGCAAGUCGGGCGCACCGACAAAUGGAGCAAUCAAAAAGCAAAAAGUGGUCGAGCAACGACCGCAAAAGCCUGCAAAGACGCUGAAGAGAGCGCAGACAAACGUCUCCAAGCAGACAGUGCCAGGAAAGCCGCUCAAGGUGAAGAAGGCGAAGAAAGCGGCAGCCGCUACUCCUCCCACAGACUCGGACGACGAUGCGGCAUCACUGAACGGCGAUGCAAUUGACGAUCCAGACGUGCUCGAAGAUGCUGUCGGCGGCAUUGCAGAAGACCUUGACUUCGACGAUGAUUCUUUCGGCAGCGAUGCGGAUGACUUUGCCGAUGCGCCCAGCGACGACGAUGUUGAUGUGUCGGACACAGAGAUGCGAAAGGGCAAGAUGUGGUCAGAUGAUGAGGAUUCAGACGCGGAGGAGACACUGACGGCUGCCAAUAUUGCGGGUCUGUCGCGGAAACUGGACCAGGAGAGAGCGCAAGAGGCAGCAGAGGCAGCAGAGGAACUGCAAGACGAUGCGCUGCAAACGAACAUCGCUGCAGCAGAAUUGUCCGACGACGAGGAAGGAGGAGCGCGGCUGGCACCAGACUUACAGCUCCUGCGCACGAGGAUCACAGAGAUCGUGCGUGUUCUAACCAGCUUCAAGGAGCUGGGAGAGCCGGGCAAGAGCAGAGCAGAAUACACACAAUCGCUCCUCAAGGACAUUUGCACAUACUACGGCUACUCUCCAUUUCUCGCCGAGAAGUUAUUCUCCCUCUUUCCGCCACAAGAGGCGCUACAGUUCUUCGACGCCAACGAGACACCUCGUCCCAUGGUCAUCCGCACAAACACGCUCCGCACGCAUCGACGAGAUCUGGCGCACUCCCUGAUCAAUCGCGGAGUCACCCUCGAACCUGUCGGGAAAUGGUCCAAAGUCGGUCUGCAAAUCUUCGAAUCGCAGGUCCCACUCGGAGCCACGCCUGAAUAUCUUGCCGGACACUACAUCCUUCAGGCUGCGUCUUCCUUCUUGCCAGUCAUGGCACUCGCCCCGCAGGAACAUGAACGAGUUCUUGACAUGGCCGCCGCACCCGGAGGGAAGACCACUCACUUAGCAGCACUCAUGCGGAACACUGGAGUCAUCUUCUCCAACGACUCCAACAAAGACCGUGCAAAGGGUCUUAUCGGUAACAUCCACCGCCUCGGCGUCAAAAAUACCAUCGUAUGCAACUACUCCGCUCUCGAGUUCCCCAAAGUCAUGGGUGGCUUCGACCGCGUUCUUCUCGACGCUCCCUGCUCAGGAACGGGAGUCAUCGCCAAAGACGCAUCCGUCAAGACCAACAAAACCGAAGCUGAUUUCCUCCGUCUCCCACACUUGCAAAAACAACUCCUCCUCGCGGCUGUAGAUUCCGUCGACCACGCGUCCAAAACUGGAGGCUACAUUGUUUAUUCCACAUGUUCCGUCACAGUAGAAGAGAACGAGCAGGUUGUACAGUACGUUCUCAACAAACGUCCCAACGUCAAACUCGUACCCACCGGUCUGGUAUUUGGUAAAGAAGGUUUCACCAAAUUCCAAUCCAAGCGCUUCUAUCCCAGCAUGAAAGAAACUCGAAGAUAUUAUCCCCAUGCGUACAACGUGGAUGGGUUCUUUGUGGCGAAAUUCAAAAAGAUUGCGGUCACGCCGACGAACGCCGUGAGAGCGCAAGGGAGUGCGGAGGAGAAGAAGCAACAACAAAAGCAUUCUGGCAAUGGCGAGGAAGAAGAGGAGAUUGUAGACAACGAGGAGAUUUUCGAUGAUGAAAAGAACAAGAACGCCGACGGAACAGAAAAAGAUGCUGAUGAUGACUUUGGCGGGUUUGACAGUGAAGAGGAUAACAAGGUCAUGGAGCGACUGAUGCGGAAGAAGUUGAAGAAGAAGGGCUUGAAUCCGAAUGCCAAGGACAGUAAAGCUGUCAAGACCAUGUUGGGAGGAGGAGGGAAAAAGACGGCCGUGGUGAAAUAAGCCAGUCGAGCAAGAAACUACCUCCAUACAUGUAUCCACCUGAUUGUUUCUUAUAGCAAAGGAAGAA